AUGGUUUGGAAGAAAGAAGACUUAGAUCUAGUGUUGGUCCCAACUGGUUUGCUAAUCAUGUUUUGCUACCAUCUCUUUCUUCUCUACAGAUGCCUAAGACAUCCAGAAACCACAGUAAUUGGCAAUGAGAACCACUGCAGAAAAGCUUGGGUUGAGAGAAUGUUGCAGGUUGAAGCAAAGGACAGAGGCCUGUCCGUAACAGUAAUCUCCUGCACCAUAACAGCGGCGAAUUUCUUAGCUUCAACCUCUUUAGCCUUGAGCUCUCUGAUUGGGGCAUGGAUUGGGAGCUCUUCACACAACAUCUUCAUGAGUAGCAUUACAUAUGGUGACACAAGUCCUGCAAUAAUUUCUAUCAAAUAUAUUAGCAUUCUGGCCUGCUUCCUCCUUGCUUUGGCUUCCUUUCUACAUUGCAUAAGAAACUUUGUCCAUGCCAAUUUCCUCAUCAGCAUGCCAGACAGUGACAUUCCUUUGGCUCAUGUGGAGAAGGCUGUGAUAAGUGGUGGCUUGUUCUGGACUCUGGGGUUAAGAGCUAUCUACUUUGCCACUACUUUGCUCCUCUGGAUUUUUGGUCCAAUUCCGAUGUUUGUUUGUUCAGUGAUUAUGGUGUUGCUUUUGCACAGGCUUGAUUCAAAUUCCACUCCAUUGCAUCAGUUCCAACCAGCCAAGAGUCAUAAUGUGCUCAGGAAAAUUGGUGAAGAAAACAGCAGAAUAGAAAGGGCUAUUGAGCAACAUCAUGAAAGAUUACACAUGGAUGGAAACAGAGCUCAAGGUUGA